AAAUCUAGGCUGCUGUACCAAACCAUGAGGUUUUACUCCUCUUAAUUUAUUUAAUUAUUAAUUAAUUAUAGUACUACAAACAUGUGUUCUUCCCAUCACAGCCUUUAAAAGCAGUGGCAAAACCAACAAACACACCAUUUAGACAAGCUUUCUUUGUUCCUUAUUUUCCACUCCACUAAGCUACAUACCAACCAAACCUAAUUUCAAAUGGCUGCAGCCAAGCCACCAUCUGAUCAACAAGUUCCUCCUGGAUCAGAAGAAACUCUCAAGUAUCAGACAUGGGUUUUGAAAGUCUUGAUCCAUUGUGAUGGCUGCACAAAAAGAGUCAAGAAAAUUCUUCAAGGAAUUGAAGGGGUUUACAAAACAGAAAUUGAUUCUCAGGCGCACAAGGUUACCGUUACGGGUAAUGUUGCCGCCGAGACUCUCAUCAAGAAGCUUUCAAGAUCAGGGAAAUCAGUAGAACUUUGGCCAGAAAAGCCUCCUGAGAAGAAAGAUAAUAAGAAAGACAAAAAGUCUUCAAAAUCAAAAGAUGAAACUGAAAAUAGUACUAAUAAGGAGAAAGAAGGCCAAAAAAAUACUGAACAAGUUGGUGAAAUUAGUCAUGAUCAUCAAGGUUGUAUAGAUGAUGAUGGAGGUGAUGAUGGUGAAGAAGAUUCAGAUCAAGAUCAUAAAGAAGGUAAUAAUAAUAAUAAUGGUGAUAGUAAUAAAAGUGAAGGUGGUGCUAAAAAGAAGAAAAAAAAGAAAAAGAAGAACAAAAGUGGCUCUGUUACUCCUAAUAAUGGAGGAGGAGAAAAAGUGAUUAUUGGUACAGAAACAAUUGAUGCACCAGUUGCAAUUCCCAAGGAAAUGAUUAUGCCACCACCACCUCAAGUACUUCAGCAGCAUGGUACUUAUAACCCAUAUCAACCACAUAUGUACUAUUCACACCCUCCUCUCACUCCAGCACCACCACCAUAUGGUUUAAGUUAUAACACAUCAUAUCCUGUUUCUACCACUUCUUCUUAUUAUGUUGGUGCUCCUGUCAUGCCUAUGCAUGCUAAUUAUGCUAGACUCCCUCCACCUCCUCCACCAUCUCAUCCAACCAAUAACUAUGGUUAUCAUAAUGAUCAUGAAGAAUAUGAAGGUGGAUAUUGCUCCAUUAUGUGACACAUACUACAAAGUGAAUGAUGAUGGUGAUGGUGAUGGUGAUGAUGAUGUUGUGUAUUAGUUGUUAGUGUUGUUGGUUGUUAAUUAGUGCUAAUAGUGAGGGAAAGUGGAGUUGAAUUUUGUAUUAUGCGCGAAGAAAAUAGAAAUUACUAGUAAGUGUAGUUGAUAAAAAAAAAGGUUUGGAUCUUCUGCAAUCUCUGUGUGGCAUAAAUUGCAGAGUCAUUGAAUCUUUUAAAUUCAGAUAUAAUGACUCUGCAAUAGCUGCACUGAAUGUUACAGAAGAUCUCGACUCGAAAAAAUGUGGACACAAGGACAAAAAUUAAAGAAAAGCAGAGUGUUUGGUGCUUGAUGGUAUGGUGGGUCUUCAUUGCUUUGUCCUUUGGGUAGCUCUUUAAUUUUACUUCUUUUUAAUAACUUGUAAAAAAGUAGAGUUUUUUUGGGUUUGCUAAAAAAGGACCAAUACAGCAUUCUAAUGCUCUGCAAUUUGUAGGACCAAAAUCUAUCUUUCCUUCUCUAUCUUAUGUGUAAAGUAUAUUUUCAUGUACAAAGUUUUCUUUUCUUAA